AUGGCGAGUGCAGAGCAGCUUAUCUCGCGACGAAGCACCUUGAUUGCAACGUUGGGUCGGGCAGAGGCAUUCGUGGCAAAUUUCAACGAGGACAGAGAUCUACCACAGGUGCAGCUGAGGAUUGAACGCUUAGAUGAGCUAUGGAGAAAGCUGGAAGAUGUUCAGGAAAGUUUAGUGGAGCUGGAAGAGGAAGGUGAAGGUAGGAGAGAGCAUGAAGAGAUUCACGCUGGUAUAGAAUCUCGACUUUUUCUAAUAAAAUCGAAUCUUCUUUCUAAAUUGUCUUCUCCACUUACUGAUAACUCUCGCAUCCCUCAAUCUGCACGCACUAACUCCACUCUCUCCGGAAUCAAAUUGCCGACGAUAACACUUCCCGAGUUCAAUGGAGAUUAUAUGCAUUGGCUCGCAUUUCACGACACAUUCUUAGCACUGAUCCACUCCAACCCCGACGUACCAGAAAUACAGAAGUUUCACUAUUUGAAGGCUGCGGUCAAAGGUGAAGCAGCUCAAUUGAUUGAGUCGAUAGCGAUUAGUUCUGCUAACUAUAAUUUAGCUUGGCACAGUUUGAAAUCUCGAUACUCUAACGACUACUUAUUAAAGAAGAGACACCUGCAGGCACUCUUCGACAUACAGGUGGUCAAAAAGGAAUCAGCGACUACCCUUCAUGUACUAGUAGACGAGUUCGAACGUCAUAUUAAAGUUUUGCAUCAACUAGAAGAACCAACCGACACUUGGAGCACAAUUCUUGAGCACCUUUUGUGUACCAGGUUGCCAGAGGAAACACUGAAAGCGUGGGAGGACCAUGCUUCGCGUGAGGAAGAGCCGAAUUAUACUUGUCUUGUUCAAUUUCUCCAGCGGAGAAUCAGAGUGCUGGAAUCAAUAUCUGUGAAUAAUCAUAACGCAUCUACAAGUUCCACGAACACAGCACACCAACCGAAAAAGUCAGCACCGUUUCGACUUUCUUGUUACACAUCUACCGCCACUUCUACCGAUAAAUGUCCGGCGUGUAAUCUGCCGCAUUGCUUAAUGAAAUGCCAAAAGUUCAAUCGAUUUUCCCCUUCUGAACGCCAACAAUUUGUCGCAACGAAACGAUUAUGCCAUAAUUGUAUGCGAAAGGAUCACAUGGCUCGCAACUGCCCAUCCAGUUUCAGUUGCCGAUUAUGUAACCGUCGACAUCACACGUUAUUACAUCCCGGCAUCCGUGAGAGCUCUACUAAUCAACCUGGAAACCGAGAUUCUGCGAGGCCAGAAUCGUUCACGAGAACUGGGUCCCUACCAGUCCCGUCUAAUGCACCAGAUUCGUCACAAAUAUCGGUCACAGCCACCGAAACUACACCGAACAUAGUCAAUUGUACACCUGUAAAACAAACUUCUGAAAACGUUUUUCUAUUAACAGCUGUCGUAAAAAUUGUUGAUGCCUACGGACACGAUCAUCUAGCGCGUGCACUAUUGGACAGCGCCUCCCAGCCAAACCUGAUUACUGAUCGAAUGGCACAAAUUCUGAAACUGAAGCGAGCAAAAGUGAAUGUCACUAUACAAGGAGCGGGUAAAAUGUCCAAAGUAGUUCGUGAAUCUGUUUUCACAGAAAUAAAAUCGAGAAAAGAAGAAUUCUCUUGCGGAGUUGAGUUCCUGAUAAUGGACAAAGUCACUGGAAACAUUCCGUCCCAGAACGUUUCAUUAACUGGAUGGAAAAUCCCAAGCGAUUUGGUUCUUGCAGAUCCACAAUUCAACAAAUCACAGCCCAUUGACAUGGUGUUGGGAAUCAAACACUUCUAUUCUUUCUUUCCUCAUUCAGCGCGUAUUGAGCUAGGCACUGAACUUCCCCUACUCGUGGACAGUGUGUUUGGAUGGAUUAUCGCAGGCUCCGCCAACGCAAAUACACCAACGUACAAUUCCAAUAUUGUCGAGAUAUCUAUGCUCUCACUGGAGGACUCUAUCGAACGAUUUUGGCAAUGCGAAGAGUUACUCAACAAAGACAAUUUCUCGAUCGAAGAGCGACAAUGUGAAACCUUAUUCCAAUCGACCUCUGAACGCAACACGGAAGGGCGAUACAUUGUUCGCUUGCCCAAGAAGCCAGAUUUCGAGUCUAUGCUAGGCCAUUCAAAAGCCACUGCCAUUCAUCGCUUUGAAUUACUCGAAAAAAGAUUAAAACAAAACUCUGAAUUACGAACUGAAUACCAUAAAUUCAUGCACGAUUACCUCACUCUAGGGCAUAUGCGGCUGGUAGAAAGAGAAUAUGCCAACGAAAAGCAAUAUUACUUGCCUCAUCACUGCGUCGUGAAGGAAGCUAGUAAGACCACAAAAGUACGCGUGGUGUUUGAUGGCUCGGCAAAGACAUCUACAGGAUUCUCGCUCAACGAUGCUCUGUGUGUGGGCCCAGUAGUCCAAGACGACUUGUUAAAUAUCAUUCUACGAUUCCGCACGUUUCAAGUGGCCCUUGUCGGUGACAUAGCUAAAAUGUACCGUCAGAUCUUGGUUCAUCCUGAUGACGUACCACUGCAGCGCAUACUGUGGAGAUUUUCUGAGGAUUCUCCAAUUCAAGCAUACGAAUUAUUAACCGUGACUUACGGUCUAGCUCCUUCGGCUUUUCUAGCAACUCGUAGUCUCCAGCAAUUGGCAAAUGAUGAAGGCGAACCAUACUCACUUGGUCGUCCAGCGUUACAGAAAAGCUUCUACGUCGAUGACUUUAUCGAUGGUGCACAAUCGGUGGAAGAAGCGAUACAGCUUCGGAACGAAUUAAGUGAACUUCUCAACAAAGGCGGAUUCACGCUCCGCAAAUGGGCUUCGAACAAAUUGGAGGUGUUGCAAGGAUUAAACGUUGACCAAAUUGGAACACUGUCGGCUUUGCAUUUUAGUCCCGAUGAGACGGUGAAGGCUCUAGGAGUUACAUGGGAACCAGGGACUGAUAUGCUCCGAUUCGAUUCGAACAUUCGUCACAACAAUGAAUCAUCAACGAAGCGUAGCAUUUUAUCCACGAUCGCCAGACUGUUCGAUCCGCUAGGAUUAAUAGCGCCCAUAGUUGUGAGAGCCAAAAUCCUUAUGCAGAAUUUGUGGUUAUUAUCUUGCUCUUGGGACGAGCCUGUUCCCAAGAAUAUUCAGGAAAGUUGGGACAAAUAUCAUCAACAUUUGCCAUUGAUUUCCUCAUAUCGCAUACAACGCUGCGCUUUCCUACCAAACGCCAUUCUUCAAUUGCACACGUUUUCUGACGCCUCUGAAGCUGCAUAUGGUGCUUGCACCUACAUACGAUGCGAAGAUACGAAGGGCAAUAUUACUGUCCAUCUACUUUCCUCUAAAUCCAAAGUGUCUCCAUUAAAACGCAUAACACUCGCUCGCUUGGAACUUUGUGCUGCUGUCCUUGCUGCUCAAUUACAUAAUCGCAUUAAACAAGCAAUUGAAGUUAAUAUUUCCGCCUCCUAUUUCUGGUCGGACUCUUCGGUUACGCUGCAUUGGUUAAAAUCGCCACCUAAUACAUGGAGGACUUACGUAGCAAAUCGUGUCUCCGAAAUUCAAAACCUCACAGAGACAUGCCAUUGGAACCACGUCUCUGGAAAAGAGAAUCCUGCCGAUUUAGUCUCAAGAGGCAUGGACGUAUCGGACUUCAUCGUCAGCGAGCUCUGGUGUUGUGGGCCACUAUGGUUGAAACGAGACGCACAUGAAUGGCCUAUCAGCACACCAUCAAACAUUCCUGUUAAAGAGAUGGAAAUACGAAACAUCCAAACAGCUCAAGCUACCAUUCAAACAAAUCAAGCAGUCAAUGGCUUAUUUCUUCGAUGGUCAUCCUACAGUCGAUUAUUGCACGUGAUUGGAUACUGUCUCCGUUUUGCCAACAACGCACGAGAAAAAGCCAGAACUCGAAUGUCAUCAGAUGCAGUUCCAGCAUGUCGUUCACUUACCGUUCAUCAGCUGGAAAAAGCCAAAAUCAUCCUCAUUCGUCUUGCUCAAGAAGAUAAAUUCAACUCAGAAAUUGAACACUUGAAACAAGCAAAGUCGUUAAGAAAGCAAUCCAAAAUUCGUAAACUAAAUCCGUUUCUUGAUUCCGAGAGUGUGUUGAGAGUGGGAGGUCGAUUGCGCUUUUCACAGUUAUCUUUCCAAGCUAAACACCCAGCACUGCUCCCUUCCAAUCACCCUUUCACCAAUCAAAUUGCUCAAUAUUUUCACCAUAAAUUGCUUCACGGCGGCGGGCGCCUCUUAUUAAACGCUAUUCGAGAGGAAUACUGGCCAAUACAAGGACGUCGUCUUGCCAGAAGCAUCGUUCGAAAUUGUUUCCGCUGCAAUCGCUUAAACCCAGAACCAGCUCAACAACAGAUCGGACAAUUACCUGCUCAUCGCGUGAUCCCCAGUCGUCCAUUUACCAUAUCUGGAGUGGACUAUGCAGGUCCUCUGUACCUGAAACCGCAACACAAAAGAGCACACGCUGUAAAAUCUUACCUCUGUCUUUUCGUCUGUUUUGUCACUAAGGCAGUUCACCUGGAGUUGGUAAGCGAUCUAACAACUCAGGCCUUCCUAUGCUCCUUCCGAAGAUUCAUCGCCAGACGAGGUCGUCCAGCCCAUGUGUAUUCGGAUAAUGGGAAGAACUUCGAAGGUGCGAGCAACCAGCUCGCGGAUUUAUUUAUUUGGCAACAAAAGCAAACCGAGAGAGAAAAAAUUAUUUCCUUCUGUACUGACGAAGGAAUCGUAUGGCAUUUUUCUCCCCCGAAGGCACCACACUUCGGUGGCCUUUGGGAAGCGGCGAUUAAAGUGGCGAAGAAACACUUGUUUCGUCAACUCGGCUCAACACGACUAUCAUUCGAAGACAUGUGUACAGUCCUAACCCAGAUUGAAGCUCAAAUGAACUCCAGACCACUUCUUCCACUUUUAGAGGAUCCAAAUGAUCUAGCCGCUCUUACUCCAGCCCAUUUUCUUGUCGGGACCACGUUGAACGCCCUGCCCGACCCGGACCUGAGCCAUAUACCAACGAACCGCCUCGACCAUUAUCAACAGCUCCAGUUACAUGUGCAGAAAUUCUGGUACCACUGGCGACGUGAAUAUUUGCAGGAAUUGCAAAGGGAUACCGUACGUGCCGGCCUCAACGAAGACAUCAAACCAGGACGAAUGGUCAUCGUUGUCGAUGAGCUGCAACCGCCGCUCCGAUGGCCGCUAGCUCGCAUCAUAUCCGUACAUCCUGGAAUCGACAACAUAACGCGGGUUGUAUCACUGCGCACUGCUAAAGGAAACAUCACACGCCCAAUUACUAAAAUUUGUUUGUUACCUGUUUAUUCAAACGCUUCCGGGCCAGAAGCAAGUGAUUCGGAGACAAUCAAUCCACAUACAGCAAUAGAACAAGCUGAACUUACAGAAUUAAAUGAAAAUAUUGUAUAA